AAUUGUCCGUCCGUCCGUGUACACCACACGUCUCUUAUUUGGCUGCUUCGGAAACGGGAGAAAGCCGGUGAAAACGCGCGACAGAAAAGCCGCCGGAGCAGGAAAGUUGCAAUGGACUCUCUGUUUAAAGGAAUCAUUGGCAGCACAUCUGAGUGUGGCUUUGAUGACAUAGCUAUACAAAGAUGCCCAUUUUUGAGGAACAUCGACAAGCCAACGAGCUUCUCUUUCUCAGCUGUUAACUUCCCUGGUCUGGUUCAGGGAGCAACCAAGGGCCCAAUUUUUGAAGAUGGUCCUAAUUUUGACAUGGCAUUCAAGCUCUUUCAUGGCAAAGAUGGGGUUGUUCCACUCUCGAACGAGUCUGCUUUCCAUGAUGCUGUUUUGGAGUCGGAGCCUGCUCCCCAGUUCAACCCCUUAGCCGGUAAAGCUGCCACAAUAAGCCUCUCUGCAUUUGGUCCAGGCGGUCCUUUUGGCUUUGGUCCUUUCAAUGAUAAGAGGAAUAAGCAGAAGAAGAAAUCCGAGCCUGGCAAGAAGAGAGAACCAUCAUCACAGGAAGGGAACACGCCAAAGCACGAAGCACUGGGAAACGAAUGGUUAAGAACAGGCAACUGCCCGAUUGCGAAAUCAUACAGAGCGGUAAGCCACGUGCUCCCACUUGUUGCAUCAACUCUUCGGCCGCCUCCUGGAAUGAAGCUCAGGUGUCCACCGGCAGUGGUUGCUGCAAGGGCAGCCCUAGCCCGUACUGCGUUUGUCAAAACCCUCAGACCUCAGCCACUACCAGCAAAGAUGCUAGUGAUUGCCAUGUUAGGGAUGGCAGCAAAUGUGCCCUUGGGGAUGUGGAAGGAACACACCGACAAAUUCUCACUAGCGUGGUUUGCUGCAGUCCAUGCAGCUGUUCCCUUCAUCGCCAUGCUACGGAAGUCGGUGGUGAUGCCUAAAACUGCUAUGGCGCUGACCAUUGGUGCUUCUAUAAUCGGUCAGGUGAUUGGGUCGAGAGCUGAGAGACAGCGGCUGAAACUGAAAGCAAAGCCACCUUCUGCUGCUGUUGCCAUGUACGGUCCGAAUCAUAUCGACAGCACCUGUGGUAAUUCUUGUGGGAAGGAAGGAAUAACGUUUGAGCCUAUGGUGGUCAACCAGGAUAGGCCUACUUCGUCCUCAGCCAGCAUCUGCUGCUAACUUCGCAGCAAGUUCGUAUAUAGGAGUAAGUUAAUAAACAGCAUUGUCAUAUAAGUCCUUCCAUAUUAGAGAAGGCAUUGUUGAGGGUUAUGUUCAUUUUCUAUGCAUUGGAAUGCUGAACAACUUAGUUGUAUUAUCAUGGUGCCUCACCUUGACUGAUGUGUAUGAUUGUGAUGAAACAAAAAUUCAACAAUGAUGUGUAUG